AUGGGCUGCACAGCGAGUACACACACCAUCGCAGAAGAUGAGAAUGAUCCCUUUCUACAGAUACGGAAGGCCAAUGACGCGAUUGAACACUCGCUACAGUUGGAGAAGCAAAGAGAGAAGAACGAGAUGAAACUGCUGCUAUUGGGUGCUGGCGAAUCCGGGAAGUCAACGGUGCUUAAACAGUUGAAGUUACUGCACCAGGGCGGAUUCUCACAUCAAGAAAGAUUGCAAUACUCUCAGGUAAUUUGGGCGGAUGCCAUCCAAUCAAUGAAGAUACUGAUCAUACAAGCAAGGAAACUGGGAAUCAAACUAGAUUGCGACAAUCCAACAACCCAUAACGAAUUGUUCCAGGCCAAAAGCAUAGUGCUGAAGACCCAAACUUUACAGAUGGUGGAUGCCAAUGUUGCCGGUGGGUCAGACUUUCUCAACGACUACGUUCUUAAAUACUCUGAGAGGCACGAGGCAAAGAGGAGAGUACAAAGUACUGGACAAGCGAAGGCCUUUGACCCUGAAAACGAGAAACAAACGCUACAAGAAAACUCUAAAGAUAUGGAUUCAUUGCCAGAGACGGAUGAGAAAAUGGCCAAUUUGAAGGAUAUAUCGAAAGACCUAAACGAAACGGGCAAUGACCAGAUGUUCAUUGAGAAAAAGCACGAUAAUGCGCGGAAGGAUUCCCGGAAACAAUAUAGUAACAUUGAGAUAGCUCACUCGAUAAAAGCGCUUUGGGAAAACGAUAAGGGGAUUAGACAGUGCUUUCAUCGAUCGAACGAGUUCCAACUAGAAGGUUCUGCUUCUUACUAUUUUGAUAAUAUUUUAAAGUUUGCCGAUCAGAACUACGUGUGCACAGACGAAGACAUACUGAAGGGUCGCAUAAAGACUACAGGAAUAACGGAGAAUGAUUUCAACAUUGGGUCCACCAAAUUUAAAGUGUUAGAUGCAGGUGGUCAAAGGUCCGAGAGAAAGAAGUGGAUUCAUAGCUUUCAAGGUAUCACAGCGGUGAUAUUCGUCCUCGCCACAAGCGAGUAUGAUCAAAUGUUAUUCGAGGACGAGAGGGUGAAUCGUAUGCACGAAUCUAUUAUGCUUUUUGAGACGUUAGUCAACUCCAAAUGGUUCUCGAAUACACCAUUCAUUUUAUUUCUGAACAAGAUAGACCUCUUUGAGGAGAAAGUGAAGAAAACCCCAAUACGGAAAUACUUCCCGGAUUACCAGGGCCGUAUCGGCGAUGCUGAGGCAGGACUAUCCUAUUUUGAGAAAAUUUUCCUCAGUCUCAACAGAAAUAACAAACCAAUAUACGUAAGAAGGACGUGUGCAACGGAUACUCAAACCAUGAAAUUCGUUUUAAGCGCCGUCACGGACUUGAUCAUUCAACAGAAUCUGAAAAAGUCUGGUAUUAUCUAG